CCCCGAAGAGAAACGACCUGAUCUCACCACCCCCGACAGAGUCUCGUAGCCUUCCAGAGUUUAAUCUCCAAUCAUCAUCACUAUUGAUUCAUCUCUGUUGCGACGAUUACAGUGUGAGCUUCUUCGGAUCUAACCCUAGUUAUCCUCUCUCGUUCCCAAAUUCUACGGGAUAUUCCGAUCUCUAGGGGAGUAGUAGUUCGCAUCCGCGUCGCUUCCGAUUCGAAGAGCCGAGGGGCGAGAUCUCAUCCCCGAUCGCUCCAUCAAUGGAUUUCAUGAAGGUUUUCAACGAAGCUGUUCGUGAUAUAAAGAGAGAGGUCAAUCUUAGAGUGCUCAAGGUCCCGGAGAUCGAACAGAAGGUUCUCGAUGCGACAAAUGAUGAGCCUUGGGGUCCCCAUGGAUCUGCUUUAUCAGAGCUUGCUCAGGCCACCAAAAAAUUCACUGAGUGCCAAAUGGUAAUGAAUGUCCUCUGGACAAGACUAACUGAUACUGGUCCAAAUUGGCGUCAUGUCUACAAGGCGUUGACUGUCGUUGAGUAUUUGAUAGCAAAUGGAUCUGAGCGUGCAGUUGAUGACAUUCUUGAGCAUGGUUCUGAAAUUUCAGUACUCUCAAAAUUUGAGUAUGUUGAACCUAAUGGAAAAGAUGUCGGAAUUAAUGUAAGGAAGAAGGUUGAAACAAUUAUGAAUAUUGUGAAUGACAAGGAAAAAAUUAAAGCAGCCAGAGAGAAAGCUGCUGCAACCCGUGACAAGUUCUUUGGACUAUCCUCAACCGGAAUCACAUAUAAAUCAAGUUCAGCCUCAUAUGGAAGCAGCAGCAGCAGCUAUAGUUCUAGCGACCGUUAUGGAAGCUUAAGUGGGUCAAGAGAAGCUGACUCCUUCAAAGACAAUUACACAACCGUAGAGCAGGGUGCUAAGGAAACCAAGUCAACUCGUAGAAGUAAAGACAGUCAGAAGUCAAAUGAAAGUAUCUCUAAUGAAACUGGAGGUACUAAGAUAAAGAAGGGAGUGACACUCCGCGGCAGUGAUGAAGUUCCUUUACCAUCCAAUUCCUCAAAGCCGUUGAAUAAGCCAGGUCUUGGUCCGCCUAAAAUCCCAAGUGCCAAGCCUGCUUCUGAUGAAGAUGAUUUUGAUGACUUUGAUCCGCGCGGAUCAUCUACAGCUGGAUCAGCUAAUACAAGCUCUAAUCAGGUGGAUCUCUUUGGACCAAGCUUGAUGGAUGACUUCAUUGAUGUACCUAUUUCCACUGCAACGGAAAUAAACAGUUCUGCUUCUGCACCUGAGGCUGAUCUAUUUGCUGAUGCAACCUUCCAAUCAGCUGCAGCACAUACAGAAGCAUCUGCAGAUUCUAAUGCUCAGAGCCAUGUUGAUCUCUUUGCUGGUCAGCCUUCCUUUCCCGCUGCAUUUCCUUCAAAGACAGAAUUCAGCGCUGCACCGAACUCAAACUUAUCCUUUGAGACAAAGACUUCCAUUUCUGAACCCGCAAAUACCGAAACUUUUGAUCCCUUUGCGGCAAUCCCAUUGAACAGUUUUGAGGGAUCUGACCCAUUUGGUGCCUUCGCUUCCUCAACAGUAUCAACUACCACAGAGCCUUUACAUAGUUCCGCACCAAGUCUCAGCGAUUUGAACCAAACACCUUUAGCACCAUCCACUUUUGAUCCCUUUACUUCAAGCACUGAAACAGCAAGUAGCAAGUUGGAUCAGACUUCGUCAGCAGCAUCUAAAUCAACUGCAAAGAAGGAUACUUUCCAGGUCAAGUCUGGGAUAUGGGCUGACUCUUUGAGUCGUGGGCUGAUUGAUCUGAAUAUAACUGCUCCCAAGAAGGUAGACCUCACAGAUAUAGGGAUAGUAGGAGGGCUAAGUGAUGGAUCAGAUGAGAAGGAAAAAGGGCUUCCUGCUUCUGCAUUCAUGGGGAGAGCCAUGGGCACGGGAACCGGAUGGGGCAUGUCUGGCAUUUCAUCUUCAACGGUGACUGGUGGGAGUGAGAAAUUGUCGACCCUCGGCAAACAGCAGUUUGGAAAUUUCAAAUGAGAUUUAUUGAUGGUUUAUCUUCAUUUUUAUUCUUUAUUCACCGUUCAACACUUUAUUCCUGGCUGCUUAUAUUGAUUCUGUAUGUUAUACGUAUAACGCAGUUUUUUCAUUUUCUCGUUCAACCUAUCAAUAUUCGUUCUGUUAUGUGUAUGACUCCUGAGAUCUCAUGUCAAUCUUUUGUUGGUGUAAUGGCUAUUGAACGUUUCUUCAUAAAAUGUUAAAACCCUUCUAUUAGCAGUUUCAA